AUGCUGCUUCCCAAAGAGCUGAAGUAUGCGGCCAUUGCUGGCGGGGUGGCGAUAUUUGGUCUCAUCUUCGGAUGGGUGCUGUUUCCCACUAUUUUGAAGAGCCAACUGAAAAAGGAAAUGGCUCUAUCGAAGAAGACGGACGUGCGCCAGAUGUGGGAGAAGAUCCCUUUUCCCCUGGACUUCAAGGUGUACAUAUUCAACUAUACUAAUGCUGAAGAAGUGGCGAAAGGAGCUACACCAAUCCUGAAGGAGAUUGGACCUUAUCAUUUUGAUGAAUGGAAAGAGAAAGUAGACGUGGAGGAUCAUGAGGAAGAUGAUACGAUUACUUAUAAAAGACGAGAUGUGUUCUACUUAAACCCUGAGCUGACUGCUCCAGGGUUGACAGGAGAAGAAAUUGUGGUGAUACCACACGUCUUUAUGCUGGGCAUGGCGCUAACAGUCCAGAGAGAAAAGCCAGCCAUGUUGAAUAUGGUUGGCAAAGCGAUGAACGGGAUCUUUGAUGAUCCUCCUGAUAUAUUCUUGAGGGUCAAAGCUAUGGACAUCUUGUUCCGAGGGAUGAUCAUCAAUUGUGCUAGAACUGAGUUUGCUUCAAAGGCCACUUGCACUGCACUGAAGAAGGAAGGUGUCAGUGGGCUUGUUUUGGAACCUAAUAAUCAAUUUCGGUUCUCAAUAUUUGGAACGCGAAACAACACAAUAGACCCUCACGUGAUAACAGUCAAACGUGGUAUAAAGAAUGUGAUGGAUGUCGGUCAAGUGGUGGCAGUGGAUGGUCACACGGAACAGACCAUUUGGAAGGACACGUGCAAUGAGUACCAGGGCACUGAUGGUACUGUGUUCCCACCCUUCUUAACUGAGAAUGAUCGCCUUCAAUCUUUCUCCACUGAUUUGUGCAGGUCCUUCAAGCCAUGGUAUCAAAAGAAGAGUUCCUACAGGGGCAUAAAGACCAACCGAUACGUAGCAAACAUUGGAAACUUGGCUGAGGACCCAGAACUGCAGUGCUUCUGUCCCCAGCCAGACAAAUGUCCUCCGAAAGGCCUAAUGGACCUGGCUCCUUGUAUCAAGGCCCCGAUGUACGCCUCCAUGCCUCAUUUCUUGGACAGUGAUCCGGCUUUGCUGAGCAAGGUCAAAGGUCUUAAUCCCGAUGUCAAUGCGCAUGGAAUUGAAAUUGAUUUUGAACCGAUAUCAGGCACACCGCUGGUAGCAAGACAAAGGAUCCAAUUUAAUAUUCAACUGCUAAAAACUGACAAAUUAGACCUUUGCAAGGAUCUUUCUGGAGAUAUUGUACCUUUAUUCUGGAUUGAAGAGGGAUUGGCUUUGAACAAGACGUUCGUGAACAUGCUGAAACACCAGCUCUUUAUACCAAAGAGAGUGGUGGGAGUACUGCGCUGGUGGAUGGUGUCCUUCGGAAGCCUUGGAGCAGUGAUUGGAAUAGUGUUCCACUUCAGAGAUCACAUAAUGCGUUUAGCCGUUUCUGGAGACUCGAAGGUGUCAAAAGUGACACCCGAGGAAGUCGAGGAGCAGAAGGACAUCAGUGUGAUUGGGCCAGCACAGGAACCAGCCAAGAUCAACAUAUAA